CCACCGGCUCUCCGUCAUUACUGUAGUGCAGUAGCUGUUUUAACAGCAGCGCCUCGCUGAUGCAGCGCUUUAUUAACGCGUUAUCGGUGUGUUUUUGGGAUUAGCGAUUCUCUGACAGAAGAUGGGGUCCUCUAAUCUCCACCACGCCUUCAGAUGAGGGCUCUGCUGUUUGGAGGCUGGGUGGUGCUUUAUGUGGCGGUUCUGCUAGCAGCGCGGAGGAGGAUGUGGUCUGGGAAGUACGUCCGCAGUCCUCUGGCUCGAGCCGCGAUUAUGAACAUGGUGACCGACACUGAGUUUACAGGGCCAGACUUCCAGGAGUGGUACCGUUGCUGUCCUGAUAUGCUUGGUGAGAAGAUUCGACCACUGUUUGUGCAGAGUAAUUUAGACACAGACACUCAAACCUUUCUUGAAAACAGUGUAGAGAAAUCUGGAUGGCUUUUCACACAACUCUACCACUCGUUCUUCUCCACCAUCUUCAGUCCCAUCAUCUCAAGAACGUCCAUUAAUGGGUUUCUAGGUCGGGGUUCUAUGUUUGUCUUUUCACUGGAUCAGUUUCGUAAUCUCCUCCAAAUUGACUCAGACUGGAAAGGAGAAAGGCUCCUAGACCUAGGGGCUGGGGAUGGUGGCGUCACAGAGGUCAUGGGCUCUCAUUUCAGAGAGGUUUAUGCCACUGAGGUGUCCCCUCCAAUGAAAUGGCAGCUCCAGAGAAAGAACUACAAGGUGUUAGCAAUUGAUGAGUGGCAAAAGACAGGAUUCCAGUAUGAUCUGAUCAGCUGUCUGAACCUAUUGGACAGAUGUGAUGACCCCCUGGAGCUUCUUGGGGACAUUAAGAAGGCUUUAGUUCCUGGCUCAGGGAGGAUGAUCCUGGCAGUGGUUUUACCCUUUCACCCUUAUGUGGAAAUAGGUGGAAGAUGGGUGCGCCCAAAAGAGCAACUCCAUGUGAAGGGCAAGACCUGGGAGGAGCAAGUUACAAACCUGUCUGAGGAAGUUUUCCAGAAGAUUGGGUUUGAGGUGGAGGCAGUAACACGUUUGCCAUACUUGUGUGAGGGUGAUAUGAACCAAGAUUACUAUGUGUUAGAUGAUGCAGUAUUUGUGCUCAGGGCAAGCAAGUGAGGUUAUUCUACCUCUGUUCUACAAAGAACUUGAAUACACUUUGGGUUUUGCUGUAAUACAUUAGUUUAUUAGAGUAUCAUUCUUAUGGGGGUGACGUGGGAUAAAAGAUAUAUUAAAAAUAUCUUAAAGGGCUCAAUUUAAAGCUGACAUUUAUGAGUUUGUAUUAUGUACUACAUCUCAGGACACCUGAAAAUAGUCGAUAUCAGUGAUUGAAUCUCUGGUUGCAUUUCCAUCUUGUUUUACUCCAGUAUGCUGGACUUAGUUAGGAAUAAGUGUAUUUCUUUACUACGGUAAUGCGAUAUUAAACAUGAGUUAAUUGAACAAUUAUUUUUGGAACCAAACUUGCAUAUCACUUCUACAGUGGGUAUGUCUGUGUUAUGUAUCUAUGCAUUAGUCAUAGCAUUAUAGUGAUGGUGCAUAAGCCUAGACACUGUUAGUAAGGAAAAAAAUAACCUGGAGCAGCGGUCGGUUUUGUUCAUAUAGCACAACAAAAAAACUUGCCCCUGUAGUGCCCCCAUGCAUGAAGGGAAGAAAUACCCCAAUAGAAAUCUUUAAUUAAAUGUCUUGAUUUUUAUAGGAUGUAGCAGUUUUAAAUAAUUUCUAAUCUUUGUAUUUUUGCAUUUGAAAUACAAAAAAAUAAGGAAUUAAUAUAGAAAUGAUUUCACAUCCUUAUAAAACAUUAAUGCAAUAUAUGCUAUAUCAAUGUUUUAUAAAGUAGAAGAUUUUGGUGUUUUUGAUUAUAUGAACUUUAAAGUUACUGCCUUAAUGGUAUCUGUUAGACCUCUUGUAAGUAAGUUUCUUUUAUUUUGGUCUUUAGAAUGUAAGGCUGUUUCCACCUGGGUGGAAUGCAAGGGUGGUGCUGUAAUCACCUUCAUGUUUAGACUUGAAAAACUGUCCCAAUUUCUCAUUUUUUGCCUCUGUACACCACCACAGUUCAGCAAUCAAGCUGUGAUUAAAGUGUAAACUUUUAGUUGUAAUCCAAUGAGUUACACAAAAAUAUUUUAUAUAUCAUUAACCAUUUAGGAAUAACUCCUUCAUUAGUGUUGCACUGUAUAGGUCACUAAGUUUUAGACAAACACAUGAGUGGCUGAGCCAUGUUUAAAACUCCAUACAAACACAAAGGGAGUUCUGAAUAGGGGUGUAUGAUGAAAUCUGAAGUGCACUAACGGCGUCUUGAUAUCCUGAUGUCUAUGUGAAAAGCAGUAAUUAGCCUCCUAUAUACUUACUGAAGGUAUUUGGCUUGAUAAUUGGCUUGGCUGCACUCAGUUGCUCGAGCUAAUAAGUAGAUUGGUUUGUUCGUUCACUGUGGACUUCUACCUCACUCUGUCUCCAGCCUUGAUGGGUACAUCAUGUGAUCUCAGUCUGCAGUGGGAGGAGCUCCCUCUGUUGCUGCACGUGCAGUUUGCGUUUGCUGUUAUUCACAUUGUAUCUCAGCUCUUUCGAUGUUAUUUAUUGUAAAACUUGAAAUAACAAUAAAAAUGUGAUUUAUCGUUCGCCUUAGUUCAGAAUUGCCUUUAUAAGGCAUUGUGCUUGUUAUGUGCACAAGCCUCCCAUUUACAAAGAACCUGAGAAAAGUAUGUGAAAUUUAGGGCCUUCAGUGGCUCGUAUAUUAGCUCGUAUACCGUAUAUUAGUGUACAUUAGCAAAUGGCAUCGGCUCCAAUUCAUUCAUUCUGUUGUUUAGUAACGUGACUAAGCCACAGCCUAUCUGUACAGUCUCUCCAUGUUCACAGGCUUGUUAUAAUUCAUUUUAAUUCAUGUAUUUAAAUCCUAGAACCCAUGAACCUCACAAUAUGCAGAUUACUGUCUCUGCCUUCCGAUUGCUGCUUGUGCAUAGGCCUUACAUAGGCUGCUCGUUUGAGUUGAGGUCAGGCGAUUUAUUUGGGCAUUUUAAAACAUUCCAUUUCUUUGCUUGUAUUCUGUGUUUUGACUAAUUUUACAGUAUAUAUGUACUGUGGUUCAUAAUUCUAUCAGUUCUGCAUCAGUUUGUCUAGGUAUAAGCAGACAAUAGAACUCUACACACUUUAGAAUUCAUUACUGUGAUUACUUCUGUCAGCAAUCACAUCCUUAGUAAACACCAGUAAUCAAUUUCCAUUAGAAGCCAUACAUGCCCAAGCAACAACAGUGCCUCCACCAUGUCUGACCGAUGAUGUGGUAUGCUUUGGUCUGUCCAGAGAAUCUUGUUUCCAGAGCUAGGCAGACUUUUUAAUGUUUAGUUGCAGUUCAAUCUGGUCUGUUCCUGAGUGUUUCCAAAGGUUGUAUUUUGAGGUAAAUCCCUUUACAGUUAUAAACACAUAUUGAUUGUAGACUCUGACAAUGAUACAUCUACCUCAUUGAGAUGUUUAUUGCCUUAACUUGAUGUUGUGAAGGGAGUUUGCCUUACUAAGGAAAUAGUUCUGUGAUCUGCUUUAAUUGUUUUCUGUGGUAUUCUGGGCAUUUUGUUGUUGCUUUUGUUUUUCAUUUGUCAUGAAAUAACAAGGGAGCAGGUCCCAUAUGGUCAUGAAAAUGCUUUUCAGUCAAUUGUUCAGUUGCUUUGCUUUAACAUAAUGACAUUAUGUUAAAACAUGUCUGUAUUUCCUAAAUGGUUAAUGCAAUAAUUUUUGCUACUCUUUAAAUAGAGGUGGUGUACAGAGGCCCAAAAUUGAGAGUUGUUUCACUGUCCAAAUGCCUGACUGUAUAUUGUCACUGUCAUGCAAAAACCUUGUGUCUAAGGCAAUAUAAAAAGAUUCCAAGACAAUUUGGAGAAUUUCUAUUAAUCCAUUCAUAAAACAAAUGUCACAAAAUAUAAAGAUUUAUUUUCUAAUAAUAAAACGAAUAAGGAAAACUUUAUUUAUAAUACUUUUCAUAGAAUAUGCAGCUCCAAAUUGCUUCACAACUUCAGGCAAUAAAACAAUAUGCAAAACAGGACGCAGUGUAAAAUCAAACAUUUCAAAAAAAAAAAAAUGCAGGUGCAAGGUUUUUGUUUGAAAUUGACAAUAUAAAAUGCAAUAUCAACUGACCUAAACGUUUGAAUCCAGUAACUUGACACACUAUGUGAUCACUGGAUAGCAUGACCAGAUGCAAGUGUUGUGUAAAUGUGUUCAGUAUGUUUAUCCUGUGAAACAUUUGCUAAGUUUCUUUUGUAUACUGUAAACAAGCAUGGCCAAAUAUUUUUCCUUGUAUUUUUUGACUUAUGCUUUUUUUAUGGUAGAGGGUUUGCACAUUGAAUUGAUUUGCAUUUAUGUAUAAAUGCAAUAAGAUUUAAGAUUAUAUUUCUGUGUAUGUCUUUGAAAGAUGCUCUAUGUCUGCUGUGUGUAGGUAAGGGUCUGUAAGAAAUGCCCAGAUUUUAGGUUUGCUUCAGUAGUUCAAACCAGGUGGACAGUAUUUAGACAGAGAGCCCAAGCUCUCCCUGAUGUUAUAAUUAAACUACUGCAGCUGUGUCUACAGUAUUGUUUAGUUUUUCCAGUAACAAAUUGGAAUCGCUGGUACCGUUACUGUGAUUGUACUGCAAUUGUUAAAUUAGCUCUUCAGUCUUUAUACAAAAUAAAUGCAAAAAUCACACUAAAAUGCAAUAUGCACAUAAAGCACCACACCAGCACAUCUAGAGUCUCUGGUGUAAACAAUUAAUUACAAAUAACUUAUUACAGCUGCUUCUGUCUUUCUUCCUGCCUGUACAAUUGUCUUCCAUUAAAUAUAUUGUGUAAAUGUG